AUGAUUUUGAUUUAUAAAAGUUUAAAUUAAAUUGGGGAUGAUGGAGCUUCUUAUAUCGGUACAGCACUUGGUAACUGCAAGCUCCUUAUUAAUCUCACAUUUUCUAUUGGCGGAAAUAAAAUCGGUGGUAAAGGAGCAUAAAGUAUUGGAUUAGGUUUGAGUAACUGCACUCAACUUACUAAUUUAACAUUUUGGAUAUCUUAAAAUUAAAUUGGAGAUGAUGGAGCUUCUUCUAUCGGUACAGCGCUAGGUAACUGCAAACUCCUUAAUAAUCUCAACUUUUCUAUUUAGGGAAAUAAAAUCGGUGAUCAAGGAGCAUAAAAUAUUGGAUUAGGCUUGAGUAACUGUGCUCAACUUACAAAUUUAACAUUAGACAUAUUGAACAAUAAAAUCGGUGAUAAAGGAAUAUAAAAUAUUGCAUAAGGAUUGAGUAACUGCUCUUAACUUAUAAAGUUAUUUUUUAGAUCAGAUAAUAAUGACAAGUUUCUAAAAUGCAGUGAAAUAAUCAACAGUAAAAAUAUAAAGAUAUUACUUUUAAAAGCAUAAUAGACUGAAAAAGAAAAAACAGAAGACAAAAGAUUAGCUUAAAAAAUAAAAAGAUUAGUUACAUUAAUUUUAGAUUGA